AUUUUUCCUUAUGGAAUGUUUUCUAUUACUUUAGCAUCCCUUAUCUUUCCCAGGCUUCACCUGCCAAACUUAUCUUAAAAGAUAAAUAUCAGCGUCUGAUUGGUUCACUUUGCUGCCUGUUCAGCCUCACUCUGCUCCUAUUGGCUGUAUUUCAACCAAUAGGAAAAUGCAAUCAAAGGUACAACCAAAAAUACUCAAAACUCAAAAUCUGCGGAGAGUUGUGACGUCAUCAUCGCGGAUCGCUCUGAUUGGCCGUUUUUGAACUCCUCCCACCAUGUUUGUCUGAAAUACUCCUCCCUCUCCGGCCGACCUGUCCGCCGGCUGGCUGUGACCGAGCGGACCCUCUCUACGUGUUUUAUAUUGAUCGUUGCAGACACUUCCUGCGCUGCUAAACAGUGCCGUUCUGGUACCGGUACCGGGAGCUGUGGUUCAGAACGGAGGCUUAACGGCAGUAGAGAGGAACUACAGCUGAACCAGUUUACGGCACGUCGUGAAGCGGAGGAAACACGUGCCGAUGGAGGCGGAGCUGCAGCCUCAGGAGGAACGGAGCCCCGCCCCCGUCGUCGGGCUGAGUCUCUGUGACUCCGCCCCCCUCCUGUGGCGGCUCCAGGACCUGAAGGCCGUGAGGUCCGACGGCCUGGUGGGGGCGCUGCUCGGGUCGCUGCCCAGAACCCCCCGGCAGAACGUCCGACUGGGCCGGCCGCUGCUGCUGCUGCCGGAGGAGGAGAGGCUGCUGGGAGAACGGGGCGGCGCCGCCGCUCUGCCCGCCCAGAACCAGGAAGCGGCGGGCGGAGAGCUGCAGCAGCGUUACACGGAGGAGCAGCAGAGGAGCUUCGAGGAGCAGAGCGUCCUCGCUCUGGAGGACAGGAAGUCGGCGCUGGUUCGAGCCAUGACAUCAUCAUCAGGUUCUGAUCCAGCCUCAGACGAGGCCCUGCAGCGCCGCCUGCUGGACCUGGAGCAGAACUUCAGCUUUCCGCGCUCGGCGCUGGCGGUGCAGCUGAGCACGGCGAGGGCGGGGCUUAGCCACUGUCCGGAGGCCCGCGCCUUCCUGGAGGCCGACUGGCCAAUCAGAGCGGAGCGCUGCCCUCGCAGGGAGGCCAGGUUCCAGGUGUUCAGGGACCUUCGGGGGCGGGGCUUCUUCCUGACGUCUGCAGGGAAGUUCGGCGGAGACUUCCUGGUGUAUCCAGGUGACCCGCUGCGUUUCCACGCCCAUUUCAUCGCCGUCUGCCUGGCGCUGGACGAGUCCGUCUGCCUGCUGGACGUCCUCUGUGCGGCCCGACUCGGCUCCAACGUCAAGAAGACGGUUCUGCUGUGUUCGCCGGCGCCUGACGGCCCGGUCCGCUACACCUCGCUGCAGUGGAGCGGGAUGGUGUGAGAUCCUUACCGGACCGGAUUCAGUCACCUGGUAGAGGAAACGCUGUCCUGAAUACGCUGGCCCGUCUACAGCGACCCGACCCGACCUGUGUGGUACCGCUCAGUGGAUCCAGACUAAAUAUUACGAACAUUUUAUUGAGGUUUAUUGUUUAUUUGAAGAUUAAUGGACUCUUUAAAUUCUUCAAUGUUUGAAGUUGAAAACAAAGAGAAAACAAACUUGCAGGUAAACUGUGUAA